UUGCAUUGUAUUACAAUAAUGCAGACGCACGGGACGGCUGUUUGAUUUCUUUGUUCGAUCUGGAGAGAAUUACUAUAUGGACUUUCAAUUUAGGUUAUUCUCAGUAUACAACUACAUAUUGUAGUUUUGAAAUAUAUCAACAUGUCGAAAAGUUAUGCUAAGAAAACGGUUGUUUCUAUAACCAGUGGACUAUUCACCUGUCUUAUGUUGCUCUUGGUAGUCGCGCAGCAUCAAAGAGUUCAGGUAGAUGAGGUUCCAAACCAGAGAGAGAUGGGGACGCGCUCACUCCAGAGCAUGGACACUUUGGCUACGGACGGAGUGAAGGCUGUUCAGCAACAGGUCAACUCGGAGGCGCAGACGAAAAAAGGAUUCUCUGCGUAUUUUUCCAAGUUGACCCGGGGACGGAGAGAGGUGGACAAGCCUGCAGGGUCCGCUCAGUCAGCGACAGAUGCGUCCCCCGCAGAGGACAUCAGUGCAGAUGACAUCUUCAUCGCUGUCAAGACCACAAAGAAGUUCCAUCAGUCUCGACUGAAUCUCCUUCUGGAUACCUGGAUCUCUAGAAACAUGCAGCAGACAUACAUCUUCACAGACGGAGAAGAUGAGGAGCUGAAGAAGAAAGUUGGGAGUCACGCCAUCAACACCAACUGUUCAGCAGCACACAGCCGCCAAGCUCUAUCCUGCAAGAUGGCUGUGGAGUACGACAAGUUCAUUGAGUCUGGGAAAAAGUGGUUUUGUCACGUGGAUGAUGAUAACUACGUUAACACGAGGACUCUGGUGAAGCUGCUGUCCCACUACCCCCACACCCAGGACAUGUACAUUGGCAAGCCCAGCCUGGACCGGCCCAUCGAGGCCACAGAGAGGCUAGGAGACAACAAGAUGAGACCAGUAAACUUCUGGUUUGCUACUGGGGGAGCCGGCUUCUGUGUGAGUCGAGGCCUGGCUUUGAAGAUGAGCCCAUGGGCCAGUGGCGGCCAUUUUAUGAACACAGCAGAGAAGAUUCGUCUGCCUGACGACUGCACCAUCGGCUACAUCAUUGAGUCGGUGCUGGGGGUGCCUCUGACCCGCAGUAACUUUUUCCACUCCCAUCUGGAGAACCUGCAACAGGUGUCCAGAUCUGAACUUCACAAACAGAUCACAUUGAGUUAUGGAAUGUUUGAGAACAAGAGGAACAUCAUCAAUAUGAAAGGGGCUUUCCCUGUGGAGGAAGACCCAUCAAGGUUUAAGUCUGUGCACUGUUUGCUGUACCCAGACACACCUUGGUGUCCGCUUCAGGUUGCCUACUAGGUGACCGGCUCCUUUGGUAUCCUCGUCCCCGCCGUGCCUCGGUAUCUGAAAGGCUGGUGGGGACCCGUGUUUGGUAUCGGACUGUGAUGUCACUGUAUUUUUGUUUCAGUGGCACACGGACUCUGAUAGUUUUACUGGGCUGCUGUGCGGCCCGCCUUGGGACAUUUCCUUCCUGUGUGGUGUCUUGGUUCCUCCCCUGGCAUAGGGGCAGAGGAGCCAGGCAGGCACUUAGUGGGAAGGAGCUUAAAGCAUUAUGGCUUUUCAGGCAAUCAGUGCGUUGUGUUUUAAAUGUUGCUUGUAAUUGUAUUUGCAAUUCUUAUAGAAUGUACUACUUAUAUAUCCAAGCCUUUUGCCAGCUUUACGUGAUUAAUUUGUUGAAUUUCCGUUGAAUUGUUUGCUUUAUUGUUCAAUUUCUUUUAGUUUCUUCUGGGUUUUGGAAGCCAUUCAAGGCGAUCCUUUUAGGUUCUAUAGGAAUAAUCAGUCAGAAUGUCUGAGAUUGUGGAGGAAAUGGUUUUCAUUUUGGGAUUUUUGGUUGUGGCUUAUUUUUUUUUGUUCAUUUCAGAAGACUCCGGACAAAAACAAUAAUCUGAAGAUAUGUUGGUGCUUUUUGUUAAUGAUUUGUCAGUGUUAUUACUAAUAUGAUUUGAGCUGGCAGAAGGCAGUUUUCCAAAUGUGCCGUCAGGUUAUAAAAUCUGAGGUAUAUCAGGAAUAAGCACUUUUCCCCUUACUGAUAGUUUUAAAUGAAUGAGUUGACAGAAUUGACGUCCUUAGAUAUGUUUCACAGCUGUGUCAAAACCAACGGAUGUAAUGACAUAACCCCAAAAAGAUCGAUAUCUCUAGAUUUGGUUGUAUUUAAUAACAUUCCUUGCAUUUGAUAGAAUCAGGGAAAAUAAUAUAUAGCAAAGAUAUUGAUUUUUUUCUUCUCUGUUACAAUCAACUGUUGAUUCGUUUUGAAGAUGGUCUUGUUUAAAAAUUGCACAGCUGGGUUUGAAAUUAACUUUUGCUUGCUCUUGUGAAGUAGCUAAACGACCUCCAACUCUUCCACUGAGAGUUUAUAUUUACCUUUUUUAGAUGACCAUCAACACAUGUAAUACUCUCUGAUACGUUUUCCACAAAAUGGAUUGACGGAGAGCCAUGUACACUGGUCUAACUUAUUCCUCAGUGAGUAUGCGGGUUGGUUUUGUAUUGAGCUUUGCAAGAGCAACACCAGUGUUUACACACACAGAGGUGUUCUUCCUCUGUAAACAACCCAUAUUGGGUAGGACUGUACAUGUUAAUUAUAAAGCAGUAUUUGUGUACUGUGCCUUUGUUGUUGAAAUGCUAAAUGUGUAUAUUGAGGAUUAGAAUGUAAAUGAUUUUGAUGACCUGGACAUGUUUUUUUACUGCUUGUUGUAACUGCGCUAAAGGGCUGUUAUUUAUCCUCCAGUGUCUGGAUGGUUCUGUUUGCUUCUCAGGGAUUUUGAUCAAAUCCUGAUGUUAUUACCAUAGGAACCCGUGUGGUGCCUGAACAUGACACAGUUUGAAAUAAAGUUGGAUAACCGCUGAGAAACGA